GGCGGUGGGGGGGGAGAAACUAGUGAGGGUCGGAGGAGCGCCACCACCUUCAUCCUCCAUCUUUUUGUUUUUCUUUUUCUAUUUUCUCGGCUCUUCCUCCGUCUUUCCCCCUCCCAUUUAUUUGCAUAUAUAACACGGAGAAAGGUGACCGACAGCCACCCUCCCCUCUCCCUCUCCCUCUCUCGUUCCUCUAACUCUUGCUUGUCACCAUCAGCCGAGAAGAAUUUGGAGGAGUAGCAUCAUUUUUCCCGCUUUCUUAGAUUCUCUUCCUUAGCGAUCAAUGGCUUCGACAAGAAUGUGGGCCUCCAGAGCCGCUUCCUACCUCAGGCUUUCCUCCUCCCCCUCCCCUUCCUUCUUCUGCCGAUCCUUCUCCUCUGUCGUGAAGGAUUUAAUGUAUGCUGACUCUCAUGAGUGGGUCAAAAUUGAUGGCGGUUUGGCUACUGUGGGAAUAACUGACCACGCUCAGGAUCACUUGGGUGAUGUUGUGUAUGUUGAACUGCCUGAAGUUGGUGCUACUGUAAAACAAGGAGGUAGCUUUGGUGCUGUUGAAAGUGUCAAGGCAACUAGUGACAUCAACUCUCCUGUUUCAGGGAAAGUAGUGGCAGUUAACGAAGAUCUUGGCAGCUCUCCAGGUUUGGUUAAUGCUAGUCCUUAUGACAACGGUUGGAUUAUAAAAGUUGAGAUGAGCGACCAAGAUGAGCUGAAAUCCUUGAUGAAUUCAGAUAAAUAUACGAAGUUCUGUGAAGAAGAAGAUGCCAACCAUUAGAUGUAUGGUCAUUCAAUAAAUGCCAACAUGUUUGUCUGUGCUGCCAAUUAAAAUCCUCAAGCCAAUAAGUUGGGGAUAGCUGCUUCAUGUUGCGGUAGAAAUGCUCUAAGAGAACUGUACUCGGAUUGUUGAGAUUCACUUUCUUUGAUGAAAGCUUUGCACUUUUUGUAUCAAUUUACCAUACUGAUGCAAUUUUUCGAUGGGUACAUUUCGAAUA